GAGAGAAAGGUCUUCCAUCUGCUGGUUUGCUCCCCAAAUGGCUGCAUGGCUGGAGCUGGGCUGAUCUGAAUCCAGGAACCAGAAGCUUCUUCCGGGUUUCCCAUGCUGGUGAGGGGCCCAAACACUUGGGCCAUCUUCUGCUUUCCCAGACCAUAAGCUGAGAGCUGGAUUGGAAGAAGAGCAGCUGGGACAGGAACUGGCGCCCAUAUGGGAUGCCAGUGCCACAGGUGGCGGCUUAGUCCACUAUGCCAUAGCACUGGUCCACUAGGAUAUUUUCCAUUUAUGUUGGGACUUUAGUCCCAUCAUAAGUCAAAGAGUAUCUGUAUAAAUUUUAUUUUCUCCGCUAAGUUACAAUACAUAUUACAAAUGUGCAUGCUUUAAAAUAAUAAGAAAAAAGUCAAUAUAGAAAAAUCCCUGGAACUAAACACUUAACCCAGAUGUCCAGUUUGCUGCCACUUACUUGAAAAGGGCUGAUCAUCAGGAUUAUGGUGGAAAAAAAAAAAAAACAACUAAAAGGCCAGCUAACUGUGUACUCCAGAAUAGCUUUCCAACACCUAGACUGCUCUAGCCCAACAUAUUGGAACUGAGCCAAGAUGACCAGGCUAGCCUUCCUAUUUCUAGCCACCCUGAAGCCGGAGCGCUUUUGUGAUGACCCUCUUUAAAUGUGUUACAUCAAAGAAAGUCAUAACGACCCUGGACUGGAGUUAAGAAAGGUCAGAAAAGACCAGGAGCAGUGGUAGCCGGGCCUUUUGGGAGCUGGGUGGACCACAAGGUUCUGCGCGUCCAGCUCGGGGAUCCUUGCUCCCCUUCCGGUACCUCCCCAGUAGGCCGGAACUAUAGCGUCCUACCCUCUAGUUUGGUGCCGGAAGGGAAAAACAGAUGGACCGACACGGGAAGAGUGGAGAACCGGACAAUGAGGAGAGGCGGACUCCUAACCGGAAGUCACGCUAAAGCUUUGGCGAGGUGGAAUUGGGCUGUUUGCUGAAGCUUCCUCUCCUGGCUAGCCAGAGAGAAUUUUACAUUUUGACUUUAUCUUACCAUGGCAUUGGUUCAAAAAUUGCUGAAUGGCGCUUACAUUCUCAGAAAAUGCCCAAAGGCGAGUGCUCUCUUCUGUCCAUCUUUGAGCAUUCGGUUUGCAGACUAUUGUUCGAGUAGUCUUCAGAAGUCAGGGCCUGCUGCCAAGAAAGGCUCUUGGCUGAGGAAGUCUGAAGGGGGCUUGCAAGGACGUCAUCAGAAGGAAGUUGCUGUGGAUCUACCUUCUCCUGAGGAGAAGCCUGAAGUUAGCUUUGACAAAGCAAUUGAAGAUGAAGUAAAGGACCAUUUUAAGCGUUUGAAGGAUGAAAUUGUGAAUCAUUGGAUCGGGCCAGAAGGCCGCCCACUACAUGAAGUCAUGAUGGAACAAGCCAAGGUUGUCUGGCAGUUCCGUGGGAAAGAAGAUUUGGAUAAGUGGGUAGUGACUUCUGAUAAGACGAUAGGAGGCAGGAGUGAAGUGUUUUUGAAAAUGGGCAAGAAUAACCAAAGUGCACUGCUCUAUGGAACUCUGAGCUCCGAGGCACCUCAGGAUGGGGAGAGUGGCCGGAGUGGGUACUGUGCAAUGAUAUCUAGGAUUCCAAGGGGCUUCUUUGAGAGGAAAAAAACCUAUGAUUGGUCCCAGUUCAACACACUGUAUCUCCGAGUCCGUGGGGAUGGCCGGCCUUGGAUGGUGAAUAUCAGAGAGGAUACGGAUUUAAUCCAGAGGAAGAAUCAGAUGUACAGUUACUUCAUGUUCACUCGUGGGGGGCCCUACUGGCAGAAUGUCAAGAUUCCGUUCUCCAAAUUUUUCUUCUCAAAUCAAGGAAGAGUGCGGGAUGUCCAGCACCAGCUGCUUCUUGACAAGAUCUCUUCUAUAGGAUUCACCCUGGCUGAUAAAGUGGAUGGUCCAUUCUUCCUGGAAAUAGAUUUUAUUGGAGUGUUCACUGAUCCAGCCCACACAGAAGAAUUUGCUUAUGAAAAUUCUCCAGAGCUUAGCCCAAGACUUUUUAAAUAGAGAAUAUCGUGUGGCAGUUUUAUUUAUUCAACUGAGAGCAGUGUCAUCCACAGUGAUACAGACAAAAUAAAGUAUUUUGAAUGGCAUCCAAUCAGUGACUG